AUGAUCUGCUCUCUUCGCUCCGAUUUUCGCCACCCCUCCUUCUCGUCGCAGGGCUCGUCAGCUUCGUUCAGUGAUAAUGAUGACGCCAUCACGCCUAUUUACAAAGGCGCCGAGGUCGACACGGACGCAGACGGCUCUGAGCCCGAGUGUCCAACCUCCCAUCUCUCACAGACAUCCUGCUCUGCUCCUCCUCUCCGGAAAAGCACCGCUGAGACUGCCGAUACUGCCGGCACUGCCGAUACUGCCGAUACUGCCUACCUCUGGCGCCAAAUGUUGGCUCUCCAGCGCCGCUUCCACUGCUACAAUUCUGCCCGCAUCAGUGCCGCACUCGAAAACGAGCUGGUCGAGGCAAUCGUCCCACCCCGUGCCUGCCUCGAUCUCCUGAACGAUAGUGUCACAACCCAGCUGCUUCCAGACGAAGCGCGCCGUGAGGUAGCUGCCCUGAUGUCCGGCCAUGCAGGUGCUCUGUACAAGCUGGAUACAUACGAAGCCGGCCCGGUACCGGUCGCGGCGACAGAGACAGCCACAUGGCUUCCGGCUGCCGUCGGACCCUCAGUCGCACGCUCCUCCAAGGCGCGCUCCAUGGCACGGCAACGACGGCGGCGGAUGUGGCGCCACCGCCGCUGA